AUGACGCUUGGUUAUGUAUGGGAGACUUUAAUGAAGUGGUUGACGGGAGCCAUGAAAAGUGAAGCUCAGAUGGAGCGUUUUCGGUCUACUCUAGCUGAUUGUAACUUGGGGGAUUUAGGAUUUCAAGGUUCAAAAUUUACCUGGAGUAAUAGCAGAGAUUCAGAGGAGUUUAUCAAGGAAAGGCUAGACCGGGCAGUAGCAACUCCGAGGUGGUGUGAAGGCUUUCCAAAUGCAGCUGUUGAAGUUCUCCCUGUCAGAAAUUCAGAUCAUAAACCACUUUUGCUCAUAAUGGAGGUCGAAUAUAGGAAGCCUCAUCGGCUAUUCAGAUAUGAGGCUAAGUGGAAUCUGGAUGAGGAGUGUCAAAAGGUUAUCCAACAGUUUUGGAAUGAGGCUGAUACAGGUAGAGAAUCUAUGGAAGAAGUUCUGCAGAGCCUUGAUCGAAGUAGAGAAACCCUUAACGGCUGGAGUAGAAACAAAUUUGGAGAUGUGACUAGAACUAUAAAUUCCCUCUCGAGAAGAUUGGGGAGAAUGCAGAGAUACGAGAUCCCAGGGAAUUUAGAAUCUAUCAAGCAGAUUAAAGGAGAACUUAAUAAACUCCUUGAAAUGGAGGAUGUCAAGUGGCGCCAAAGAGCAAAGACAAAUUGGUUCAUAAAAGGGGACCGUAAUACUCAGUUUUUCCAUGCAUGGGCCAACCAACGUCGAAGAUCUAAUUUCAUCGGAUCAAUAAGGGAUUUGGAAGGACAUGAGUGGACCCGGUCUGAGGAGGUGGGAAAUGCUUUUACUAGGUAUUUCCAGAAUCUCUUUGAAACUGAAGGAGUGGCAGGAAUUGAGGAGUGCACCUCGGCUGUACAAGUACGGGUUUGUUGA